AUGAUUGAUCCUAAUAAGCAACGACCUAUUCAACGAUUUUCAAAUAAUGAAAAUAUACUAUCUUAUUAUCGUCGUGAACCUUUUAAUUUUGUUCAACCAAUCGAAUAUUCAAUUAAAAAUGAUUCUCCAUAUCAUGGUUCGACUUUUAUUACUGAUUGGUUAAUUAUGUUUACUAAAGCUACAUUAAAAAUACAAUUAUCACAAUUAAUUGAUGCACUUAUCAAUAAACUUUCAAUUGAAGGUAAACUAGCUGGUUAUCCUAAAGAUACGCAAAAUUUAAUUGAAGAAAUACGAUUAAUAAAAAAGAAAUGUAUUGAAAAUUUACAAGAAUGUUGUGCUCGAUUAUAUAUAAAACCAUGUUUUUUAUUUAAAAUUGUUAAUAAAACAUUACGUGAUAAUGAUCAUACAACAUUAACAACACUUGGUCCAUUUUGUUAUCUUUUAUUUAAUUAUAUUGGUGGACAACAUAAUGAUUAUUUAUCAGUACGAAAACAAAUACAACUAUUUAUAAAAUCUAAAAAACAAGAUCGAUUUAUAACUGUUUAUCGUGGUGAAAAAUUAUCUUCAAAAGAAAUUGAUAAAUAUAAACAAGUUGUUGGAAAAGGUUUUUAUUAUAAAUGGUCAUCAUUUAUAUCAACAUCAAAAUCAUGUAAAGUUGCAGAAAUUGAUCAAUAUGUUGAUUUAUCACCUAUUGCAUAUGUUACAGAAGAAGAAGAAGAAAUUCUAUGA